AUGGAAAUCGUGGCGGCGGCAUCUUCGCCCGACCCGGGCAGCGGCAGCAGUCGCAGGGUUUUGGAGGAAGUCAGCCGUUGCAUGGCCUUGGCGGAGAAACUGGUCACUAUGCUCCUCCAGCCCGCGGCCCACACUCAUUUAAUCAGGCCCAUUCAUUUAAUCAGGUCCACUCACCAUACUCUCAUCCUGCAGCUGAGCCCAGUCCGCCACGCAAAGGAGUUGUGA